CCAUGCGUCGGUGUGAAAGGAGUCUGCGACUACGCAGACAGUCACAAGAACAAGAAAUGGCAACCUUUCGCAGCAGCAACAACUGCCUCAGUGACAAAAGCUAUUCUUGGGCAAUACACCCAGACGGAUAAUCCAGCGAACUAUGGCAUCACUCACGUAUGA